GCGACGCAGGAGAUCCCAACUGAACUGAAUGGAGACAGUGUGCGAUUUACCGCUCGACCUUGUCAUUUGAGAACCACAAAAAUUAGUUCCCUCUCCGCCAUAAGAGCUUACUCCAGCGACUGAAAGCAUAUUUCUCUCUCUCUCUCUCUCUCUCGCUCUGAUUGUAGCCAUGGAGUCGCGAGUGUUAUCACGCGCAACCACCGCCAUCGGGUCCUUGCCUCCCUUACGGAGGUCCAUGCGAGAGUGCAACGCUUCUAGCUUUGUCUCAAUGAAGCCUAUCGGAGCCGUUGGUGAAGGUGGUAAUCUCAUAUGGGGGAGACAACUCAGGCCAUAUCUUCUCCUGGAUAGCUCUCCAACAGGAAAGCGGGAGAUCCUUCGACCGAACAUGGCAGCCGCUUCAUCUCCGGCUGAGGGAAGCGAUUCCUCAGGGGAUGCAAAGGUUGCUCCGGUCGGGUUCUUUGAAAAAUACCCGGCACUUGUCACUGGUUUUUUCUUCUUCAUGUGGUACUUCUUGAACGUGAUAUUUAACAUCCUGAACAAGAAGAUCUACAAUUACUUUCCUUAUCCUUAUUUUGUGUCCGUGAUUCAUUUAUUCGUUGGAGUUGUGUACUGUUUAGUGAGCUGGGCUGUUGGUCUUCCCAAGCGCGCUCCCAUUGACUCAAACCUCUUGAAGCUGUUGAUACCUGUUGCUCUGUGUCACGCAAUAGGCCAUGUGACUAGUAAUGUCUCAUUUGCAGCAGUUGCUGUCUCAUUCACCCACACGAUCAAAGCGCUCGAGCCCUUCUUCAAUGCUGCUGCUUCUCAAUUCAUUCUAGGACAGUCAAUUCCCUUAAGCCUAUGGCUUUCACUUGCCCCUGUGGUCAUUGGUGUAUCCAUGGCAUCAUUGACUGAGCUCUCAUUCAACUGGAUUGGCUUCAUUAGCGCUAUGAUUUCAAACAUCUCCUUCACUUACAGGAGUAUCUACUCAAAGAAAGCAAUGACUGAUAUGGACAGCACUAAUCUCUAUGCAUACAUUUCCAUCAUUGCUCUCAUUGCCUGUAUUCCACCUGCCAUUAUUCUUGAGGGACCUCAACUACUCAAGUAUGGAUUUAACGAUGCAAUUGCUAAAGUGGGCAUGGUCAAAUUCGUCUCAGACCUCUUUUGGGUAGGCAUGUUUUAUCACCUCUACAACCAGUUGGCUACCAACACUUUGGAGAGGGUGGCACCCCUUACACAUGCAGUUGGCAAUGUACUGAAACGUGUAUUUGUGAUUGGCUUCUCAAUCGUGGUCUUUGGCAACAAGAUCUCAACACAAACUGGUAUUGGAACAAGCAUUGCUAUUGCUGGAGUGGCAAUCUACUCCUUCCUCAAGGCUAAGAUAGAAGAGGAGAAACGACAAAAGAAAGCGGCAUGAGAAGGAAAGGAAGGAAACUUUGGCUGUAAAGUGUUAUUUCCAUUGUUCCAAUUCUCAAAGAUAAAAAUGACAAAUCGAGUAUUCAAUUUGUCAUUGUGAUGUCUUUUUAUUUAAUCAAUUUUCUUCAAUUCAUGUUCACUUGAAAUAAUGUACAUUUCUUGCUCUGUCUCUCAGAACAAGUUCAAUAAGAUUAGAAGCUCUACAGUAGUUUAACAACAA